AUGCCCUUGGACCCACGACAGGCCUACCUCAACGGCUUUCUCCAAGACGUAAGAUACCACAAUAGCACAGAUGCAUAUUCCGACUGCGACAUAUUCCCCGACACGGUGAAGGAGUAUAUAACACUCCUACAUGACGCGUUUCAACUUCCGACAUGGGUGAAAGAAGCCCAUGUUGACUUUCGCCUGGGGACGAGACGAGGGGAGUGGGAACGCGGACGCGAGCGAGCAAAAUUGGCGGAUUGUUACAAACGCGUGGGGGCCAGGCACAGGGGCGUCGGGUCGGCCCGCUCGACACCGCAGGCCCCAAAAUCUAACAGCCCAAGCCCGCCGAACCCUGCUUGGCUGAGGCGCAUAUGGCUCAACACAAGUCCUCGAAAGACCUUCAAGAGGCCACGGAGCCUAGUGUGCAGGCUUGGAUUGACUAUGAAGCCAGGCCCGGUGGCCAAAAGUGCGGCCCAAAGUAGGGCUUUGGGCCCGAGCCGGGCCCUGAAAAACACUAUCGAAAGCGUGAUGGUCGCUCUGCCUCGACACUGGAGCGGCGAAUCGAGCCCUCUCUUCGGCUAUAUGGAGACGACGGUCGAAGCCGCUCUAUUGGUAUCGGUUUCAGCCGAGGUCCCGCCCACUUCGCCGGCCCUUGCUGGAGACAUGGACGAUCUUGGUGGUGACAACUGCGAUGGCGACGAGAAUAAUUCACGCACAAGCGCAGACAAUGGCAAGGGAUCUGCAAACAAAGGAACACGGCUCGCAGGUAGUAACGGCAUUAAGCAAACACAAGUUGAAGUAUGCAUGGAGCCAGGCAAGCGGCCAGUGUUCUUGUUUCCGGACUUGCCUAUGUACACAGCGAGCGAGUGGCUCGACCUCCCUUCAAAUCGGGAGAUAGAUGAAGACGAAUACACUGAUGAAGACGAAGAUGCCGUCGAGUAUCAGUGCUCUCUCAACUUGCACAUCCUCGACUACGUGCCGUUUAGACGGCUCCCGACAGAUGCCUGCAUGCCUAUCCUAUGCAUGGGUGAUGAAUCGACACUGCCCAUCAUCAUGACCAGCGCGCUCUAUCAGAGACAUGUCUGGCAUGUUGACGAGCCGGUGAUAGGAGUGUCGUUCCUCCAAAUACUACUCUCGGCCACGAAGAAUACAUCAUGUCUUGGAUCUGCAAAGAGCGAAUUGGGGGAAUCUGAGACUGUUGGGGCCGAGUUGCAGCCUCCACCGACAUCGUUCAUCUGGAUGUCUGAGGAUGGUCACAAAGUGCCUAGGUUCUGGGUGCGAGGGGCCCCCGAGCAGCGUUCGAAGUUUUGUGCCAAAGCGGGCGUCAGCACAGACGAUCACGCCCUUGUCUGGCUUUUUGAUCGCAAGGCUGCGUUGGUGUCUGUCACGUCAGACAGUGAGAUGUUCAAUAUUUAUGAGGAUGUCACAAAGUUUAUAUGGCCAAAGGCCUGGAAUACACUGAAUGAUCUCCCUCUGGUCGACGAUACCGUACAUCCCAUUCGUGACAGGCUGUGGGCACUAGUUAACAUACGGAAGAAGCGGGGAUACCACUGGCUGGAUGAAACCUCAUCAAAACGGCCCAACGAGGACAAUGGCACCGAGAGCGAUGGCACCAAGAGCAAUAACGAGUACGGCAACAACGACAUCGAUCGCAAUGUAGACAAGAUCGACGUAGACGACGCACGGUGGCAGCAGGUAUUUGAGCUGCUUACUGGGAGCCUGUCAACGAUAGCACAUACCUGCAUGCAUGCUGAAGCGAAGGUACGCCUCGGGGAGGUGCCGAUUGAGGCCACUUGCCGGCACGACCUUCACCGUGUUUGCGUGGAUUUCCUUGUUGACGGUGUAUGGGACUCCAUUGCGAGUAGGGAACCUACGUCACCGGAGUCAGUCCAUGUUCGCCCUUCGUACGUCAUUGUAACCGCGCUCCAAAUACUAGCUGACUGGGAAAUCAGGCUCGAGCGCACAAUCGCUUUGCCUCGAAAUUACUUCAGUGACGUUCUCGUUCGAAGUGGAAAUAAGAAAGAGGCAUACACGUUCACAUAUGAUAUAGAGGAUAAAUUUCGUGCCGAGUUGCAACUUCUCAAGGAAUGGGGCGGUAGGCGGAUGAGAGCCGAAAGGUUGGCACAGGUAGAAAAGGAUGCUCGGUUAGAGUUCACUACUGCUGUGAACAAAUGGUACAAGACUAUCACCAUGAAAAGGCUUCAGACCUCCAUGCAGUCCGCACCCUUACGAGGAAUCUGCGACGCUAUAGGCACCGUGCGUGUUACGUUGCCCCUCGCAAAUUACAUACUUGACCCGUAUCGCUUUGUGUCUCGAAUUGGACCGCCCGCAUCCAUCGAGAAGCCUGCUGCUGAUGCUCAGCGGCCAGGCAAGUCGCAUGACUUCGGGACAAGGCCAUCUUCCUCGUCUCAGGAAGCGAAGCCGCAGGGACUAAAGGGGCAGCUAUCCCCAUCACUGAAAGCAGGCCAGUCGGAGAGCGCAGGUCGUGCAACGUCGAUACAGCAGACCCGGUCAUCGGCUACAGGUUCAAGCACCAGAGGCAGUCCGUCAAACCACGGCAUGUUGUACCAAUUCUCGCGAUGUGAAUCCGACGAGCUCAGCCCGCCCAAACCGAGAGCCCGGCCCGAUCGACAGUCUACUAUGCUGGAGAUGGUGAUGGAGCUAAUGGAAAAUGCUGCGAUAGACGAUGUCUCGCCCGCGGCGUCAAAGCCGACACCUUCAAGUAUUGAGAAGGCGCUGGAGCUUCCCCUUCUGCUCAUCGAGUACAAGAAGACCGAGACGGACCGAGUCAAGGGGCAAAACCAGCAUCGCCUGUACUGCACCGCGGCAGCGCGAUUCCUGGAGACCAUCGGGAUCACCAAAGUUCCGAUUUUCAGCGUCGUCUCCGAUGGUGCUAGUGUUGUUCUUACGACAGCUUGGGUGAAUGAUGGAGUGGUUCAAAUCUUCGAACGCCAUACGCAGUCAUUCGAUAUCUCGAGUCCAAUCGGUGCAUGGCAUUACGCCUCUGUGCUUGCUCGGAUUGCGGUGAUAUGGGGUCCACAAUUGGCGGAGCGAUUCUCUGCUGUUAGAGAAGGAUACAUUAAGGGUGACAGCCAAGUCACACGAUUGGACACCAAGAAGGGCAAGACGAAGCAGAAGGACGAGGAGAAUGAAACACAGCAGAAGACGGCCGAGUCCGUUCAGCCGGCUGGUGCAUGA